AAGGGUUUACUCCAAUGAAGAUAUUAAAUGAUUAUAAUUGAGACUCAGGAACAGGUCACUUCAGUUUGGAGGGUCCCUAAAAGGGAAAGCGUUCUAGAGAGGAUUAUUCAGGGUCUGUUGAGAGUUCUUCAUCUUCACCGUUUAACAAGAAGAGUAGAUUUUUGAAAGGACAAGAUUGUAAAUGUGCGAAUGAAUUUAAGCUAGUUUUGCAUUAUCUUCGAGGUGCAUACAACAGGAUUGAUAGUCUAGACGAGGUCAUUUUCGAGCAAGGAAAGACUAUAAAUGUUCUUUCAAUGAGGUUACAAGAUUUAGAAGCUAAGCAUGCCUCUGGGUCAAGUUCUUUGACUAAGAAUAAGGGGAAGGCAAAAAGCCGAGAGUAGCAGAAUGGUUUUUUUUUUUUAACCAAAACUUUGAUUGUAUGAUUCGAAUAAAGUAAAAAUAAGUGUAGGCUGCAGCUUAUUUGUGAAUGGAUUGGAUAUCCAUAAGAGAAUAUCGCCGAUUUUUUUUACGCAUGUCAAAAUCUCAAUCAUUCAUUGCACUUAUUUUUGUCAUCUCUUCCAAAGCCAUUUCCCAUGACACCUCCUCCAUCUCUUCGGCUAUUCAGGAUAAGGGCAAUAGUCAAUUUGUUCAGGAGAAGGGUGUAAACCAUAUCACACUCGACUAUUCGCUAACCAGCAUUGGGGAAAGUAGUGGAAGUGAGGAGGAAUGUGGACGUGAGAGGAUUCUCAAGCUCAGGAGGGAUCCCAUACUUAGUUUAGAUUCCUAUGCUGAUCCUGCUUAUGAGCAGUUCAAUCGACAUCGUCGUAUGCUAGAGAAGGGGUUAAGGAAUAUCUCUCGAUCCCCUUCUUUGGAGAUCGGUUCUUCCACCAUUUUUUCCAGUGUUGCUGAUACUGUACUCGGUCGAAGGAGCCGUAGCGAGACUGAUGACGAAGAGACUGAGUCUUCGAGGCGUCGUCAGCGGGUUAGCAAGACGACGCAGGAACGCCUUGAGGACACAGUCAAGGCCCUCUGCGCGCGGUAUGUAAAGAAGACUGAGAGAGGACCAAAAUUCUCUCCUCAGCGAAUGCUCAACCCAAGAACUAAAGACUCCAGACCUGAAAUUGAUCGAGCCACGGCUCAAGAAGAAACUCAAGAACCUCAGAAGAAAGAGACCAAGAAGAGCUCAGACCAGCUCACACCCAAGUCCAUACCCUACUAAAGCCCACUGCAUUGUUUAUUUUUGUUGUUGAUUAGUUUUCUAUCUUUUAUUCCACUCCUAUCAGCUCCCACACACCCCACUAGCCCCACAGAAGACGACUUUCUGGGUUUUAGGUUCGUCCAUCCAGUCUGCUCGCGCCCGUAACGUGAC